GACGGAUUUGUAAACCCCGGAGCGAGGUUCUACCUACCCGAGGCCGCUGCUGUGCGGAGACCCGGGGUGAAGCCACCAUCACCAUGUCUGACCAGGAGGCAAAACCUUCAACUGAGGACUUGGGCGAUAAGAAGGAAGGAGAAUACAUUAAACUCAAAGUUAUUGGACAGGAUAGCAGUGAGAUUCACUUCAAAGUGAAAAUGACAACACAUCUCAAGAAACUCAAAGAAUCAUACUGUCAAAGACAGGGAGUUCCAAUGAAUUCACUCAGGUUUCUCUUUGAAGGUCAGAGAAUUGCUGAUAAUCACACUCCAAAAGAACUGGGAAUGGAGGAAGAAGAUGUGAUUGAAGUUUAUCAGGAACAAACAGGGGGUCAUUCAACGGUUUAGAUAUUCUUUUUAUUUUAUUUACUUUUCCCUCAGUCCUUUUUUAUUUUUAAAAUUAGUUCUUUUGUAAUGUGGUGUUCAGAAUUGAAUUGAAAACUGACCCCUACCCCCUGUGUCUUUAAAACAUCUGGUAAUUUGAAUUCUAGUGCCCAUUCAUUAUUGUUUUGUUUUCAUUGUGCUGAUUUUUGGUGAUCAAACCUUAGACCCCUUCAUACUGCCCUCUCCUUUUUAAACAUUACAUGUGUGCACAGAGAGGCCACCUUUUUCAGGACUGUGCAUUUUCAGGCUUGUGAUACAUGAGGUCGACCAAUUCAAGUGUUCGUAAUGACAUUUCUAAUUGGCCCGGAAGUUCUAGCUUGUGAUUGCUUCACUCCUGGACUAUGACUUUCAGUGGGAGAUGGAGGUUUUUCGGAGAACUGAACCGUGGAAAAUGACCUUUCCUUAACUUGAAGCUACUUUUAAAAUCUGAAGGUCUGGACCAAAAGAAGAGAAAUACCAGGUUGGAGUCAAGACGACAGAUAAAGCGAGAGUAAAGACUAACUCCAAAGAUGGCUUCACUGAAGAAAAAGCAUUUUAAGAGUAAAGAAAAAUCUUGUCAGAAGAUCCCAGAAAAGUUCUAAUUUUCAUUAGCAGUUAAUAAAGUUAUUCAUGCAGAAGUGUGUACAACAGAACACUGCUCUUUUUUAUUUUAAUUUGUACUUUUUGGCCUGGGAUAUGGGUUUUAAAUGGACAUUGUCUGUACCAGCUUCAUUAAAAUAAACAAAAUAUUUGUAAAAAUCAAA